GCAGUGCAGCGAGCCGGCAGCACCAAGGAUCUUCCGGGGAGAGAAGUGGGUGCAUCGCCAUGGCCGCGGCGCCGUUCUUGAAGCAUUGGCGGACUACUUUUGAGCGGGUGGAGAAGUUCGUGUCUCCGAUCUACUUCACCGACUGUAACCUCCGCGGCAGGCUCUUCGGGGACAGCUGCCCGGUGACACUGUCCAGCUUCCUAAAGCGGGAGAGGAUCCCCUAUGAGGAAGCGGUGCAGAAGAACUUCAGCCCUGCGCAGGUCGGCGACAGCUUCGGACCCACAUGGUGGACCUGCUGGUUCCGGGUAGAACUGGUCAUCCCCGAAGCAUGGGUGGGCCAGGAAGUCCAUCUUUGCUGGGAAAGUGAUGGAGAAAGCCUUGUCUGGCGUGAUGGAGAACCUGUCCAGCAGGACACGCCUCAGGAGGACACGGGUUUGAACUGGAGUUUACUGUGGUUCUCCCACAAACACCCUGAGACUGCCUCUCUGCAUUAUAGCUUGACCCUCUUCGUGGAAGUAGCCUGCAAUGGGCUUCUGGGGGCCGGGAAGGGAAGCAUGAUUGCAGCCCCUGACCCCUGGCUUUGGCCCUUCAAGGAGACUGUCCGGAAGUGUGCCCGGAGCUGGUCGACAACAGUCAAGCUCAUGGAGCAGAACACUGAGUUCGUCUUCGUCUGCUCUCAGGCUCAACAGCUCGAGUGGGUUAAGAGCCACUACCCUGGCCUGCACACCCGGCUCCAGGAGUUUGCCUGCCGUGGACAGUUCGUGCCUGUGGGGGGCACCUGGGUAGAAAUGGACGGGAACCUUCCCAGUGGAGAGUCCAUGGUGAGGCAGUUCCUACAGGGCCAGAACUUCUUUCUGCAGGAGUUUGGGAAGAUGUGCUCUGAGUUCUGGCUGCCAGAUACAUUUGGUUACUCAGCACAGCUCCCCCAGAUCAUGCGUGGCUGUGGCAUCAAACGCUUCCUGACACAGAAACUGAGCUGGAACUUGGUCAACUCCUUCCCACACCAUACCUUUUUCUGGGAGGGGCUGGAUGGCUCCCGAGUGCUGGUACACUUCCCACCUGGAGACUCAUACGGAAUGCAGGGCCGUGUGGAGGAGGUGCUGAAGACCGUGACCAACAACCGAGACAAGGGGCGGACCAACCACAGUGGCUUCCUCUUUGGCUUCGGGGAUGGCGGUGGUGGCCCCACACAGACCAUGCUGGACCGCUUGAAGCGGUUGGGCAAUACUGAUGGGCUGCCCAGGGUGCAGCUGUCUUCUCCUGGACAGCUCUUCACAGCACUGGAGAAAGACUCGGGGCAGCUGUGCACAUGGGUUGGGGAACUCUUCCUGGAACUGCACAAUGGCACCUACACCACCCAUGCCCAGCUCAAGAAGAUGAAUCGGGAGUGUGAGCAAAUCCUUCAUGACGUGGAGCUGCUGAGCAGCCUGGCCCUCGCCCGCAGUGCCCAGUUCCUGUACCCAGCAGCCCAGCUGGAGCACCUCUGGAGGCUCCUGCUCCUCAACCAGUUCCAUGAUGUGCUGACCGGAAGCUGCAUCCAGCUGGUGGUGGAAGAUGCCAUGAACUACUAUGAAGACAUCCGUUCCCAUGGCAGUACACUGCUCAGCACUGCAGCCGCGGCCUUGUGUGCUGGGGAGCCAGGUCCCGAGGGCCUCCUCAUUAUCAACACAUUGCCCUGGAAGCGCACGGAAGUGUUGACCCUGCCCAAGCCUGGUGGGGCUCACAGCCUAGCCCUGGUGACAGUGCCCAGUGUGGGCUAUGCCCCUGCUCCCAGCCCUACGUCCCCGCAGCCCCUGAUGCCCCAGCAGCCUGUGUUUGUGGUGCAGGAGCUUCGGGGCAGUGCCUGGUUUCUGCUGCAGAUCAGCCCCACGAGUCGGCUCAGCCAGGAGGUUGUGCUGGACAUUGGUUGUCCCUAUGUCCGCUUCCACACUGAGGUGCACUGGCAUGAGGCCCACAAGUUCCUGAAGGUGGAGUUCCCUGCUCGCAUACGGAGCCCCCAGGCUACCUACGAGAUCCAGUUUGGGCACCUUCAGAGACCUACCCACUAUAACACCUCUUGGGACUGGGCUCGAUAUGAGGUGUGGGCGCACCGCUGGAUAGAUCUGUCUGAGUGUGGCUUUGGGCUGGCCCUGCUUAACAACUGCAAGUAUGGAGCGUCGGUCCGAGGCAACGUCCUCAGCCUCUCGCUCUUGCGUGCACCCAAGGCCCCGGAUGUUACUGCUGACAUGGGGCGCCAUGAAUUCACUUAUGCCUUGAUGCCACACAAGGGUUCCUUCCAAGAAGCUGGUGUCAUCAAUGCUGCCUACAACCUCAACUUCCCCCUGCUGGCACUGCCAGCUCCAGGCCCGGCCCCUGCCACCACCUGGAGUGCCUUUUCUGUGUCUUCGCCAGCAGUAGUGUUGGAGACCAUCAAGCAGGCCGAGAAGAGCCCCCAGCACCACCGCACACUGGUCCUAAGGCUGUACGAGGCCCACGGCAGCCACGUGGACUGCUGGCUGUACACAUCUUUGCCCGUUCAGGAGGCCAUCCUCUGUGACCUCCUGGAGCAGCGAGACCCUACAGGUCACCUGUCCCUGCGGGACAACCGCCUGAAGCUCACCUUUUCUCCCUUUCAAGUGAGGUCCCUGUUGCUCACGCUGCAGCCUCCCCCGAACUGAAUCGUCAUGUCGGUGGAAAGCUUUGGGAACUCCUCCUUUCCACCUGCCCAGCCCCCAACAAGCAUCUGUGCAAUAAAUGCUUAGACUGGCA